GUUAGCGUUGUUGUUUUUGUGAAAUAUAUAAUGCAGUACUGUCUAUUGAAAUAAAUCAUCUAUGUCGUUGGAUGAUAUUUUCGUUAUUGGUGAAUUUGGACAGAAAAGUUAUUAUAAAAAGUUGAAAGGAAGUAAUGUCUUAACAGUGGUGUAAGGUAGAAUAAGAAAAGUGAAAACACAACAAAGAAAAUAAGAACAAGGAAAAUCAAGAACCAAUUAUAAAAAAAAAGAAAGCGGAAAAGGGAACAGAAAAACACUCAAAGAAAACGAGAAUAAAGGAAAACAUUUUCAUGAAAGACUAGGAAAGAUUUGGAUAUAAAGAGAAGAAAAGAAUAGAAAAGAGGAACGAGAGAGAUAGAAGAAGGAAAAAAAUAGCAAAAAUGAUAAGACUGUCGCCAAAAAUGAAACACAUACUAUACCAGAGAAAACAUAUAGUGUUCCUCACUGCAUUGCUGUUCCUUGUGACAUUAAUGACGUUAACAGCCCCACAAAGCAACGGGGUUUUCGUCACCAAUGAAAACGACGAACUUCUAAAAAGCCUUUGGCAGGAAAGACAGCGAGGGGGGGCGCAGGUGAAACAGGUUAAACAGCAGAUAAAUCAGAUAGAGGACUUAGCUACAGGUCCCUUGAAGGAAGAUGACCUGGAUCUUCUAAGGUUGCUAAAAGAGAGAUACCUUGCUAAACCGAGUGACAAACCAACGAACUUGAUGCUGAACAAAGAUGGCGCUCGAGCUAAGAAUUACAACGUCUACAGAACGUCUUUCCAUUCUUGGAUUCGCAUUAACAACAUCUUGAAGAAAUUAUUCUCCGGAGAGCCUCCCCAUUUCUUCGUCGAAGCUGGUGCUCUCGACGGCGAAUUCAUCUCCAACACUUUGUACUUGGAGCAGGACCUCGGCUGGACUGGAUUGCUAGUCGAGGCUGACCCUCUGUUAUACGCGGCUUUGCCAGGCAAGAACCGUAAGGCCUGGAGCUCACAGACGUGUCUCUCCCCUUCCGACGUCGCCGAGAGACUGACCUUCGAGACGUAUGAACCGCGAGAUGAUCGUGAUGUGGCAGCUGCCUUGCUGGUGAGGUCAACAGGUAACCUCGCCGGCAUCCGCUCUCCAGCCUUGGGUCAAAUGGGGUCAAAAAUCCCUGUGGAGGUCCAGUGUUUCCCUCUCUUCUCGUACCUCCUCGCCCUCAACGCCACCUCCGUCGGAUACGUCAGCCUCGACGUCGAAGGAGCCGAGGCCGAGAUCCUCCUCCACCUGCCUUGGGAUAGAGUGGAUGUCACAGUGUGGAAUAUCGAACACCGAGACGCGAAUGAGGGCUUCAAAAUCCACUAUGAGGAACCUUGGGGCAUCCGCGCUCCACCUAUUCCACCUCGCCUUCGUCCUUCCGGAUCUUUGGGAGGAAACGAAGGAGGGAAAGAAAGAAUUGAUAAAACGGUGGAUGGAGAGAAGGACGUUCCCCCCAAGAAGAUCGUUUACGUGACCCAGCAUGACCCAGCAGCGGGGAAGGACCCAUACCUAGUGAGGUUUAUGAAGGAGAAAGGAUAUCGACUUUAUGAUUACUGGGAUGGGGAUUAUACAUUCAUCAAGGCCGACUCGGAAAUCUGUCGAAAGCAUUGCAAAGUCGAUGUUGAAUAGGCCUAUGUUGAGUAAUCUGUUCUUUGUUGACCUCACUUACGGGCCAGUAAUUAACCGAUGUGGAUUUUCAGGGAAUGAGAAGCUUUCUAGAUCUAUAUAUCUUCAAGACUUUAUAUGUAUAUGCAAAUGAAUGUACAAUUGUUUAUGUAUAUAUUUAUAUACCACGCAUAUAUAACUAUAAUUAUCAA